AUGGAUUACUUUUACAAAAGAUGUGCCGUGGUUCUUUUCUCAAAUUUAUACUGUGCAGUUCGCAUCAAUUUCAGGUCUGGUUCCCUCGGAAAUGAAAUUUCUACAGUGCUUGGUGGAGGUCUUGUACCAGGUUCUUUAACUUUAGUCGGUGGUGAUCCUGGUAUCGGGAAAAGUACUCUGUUGUUACAGAUUUCAGCAAUGAUAGCAAAUAAAUGCAGUGAUGAUGAAACACCUCCAGUUGUAUAUGUGUCUGGUGAAGAGAGCCUUGAGCAAAUUUGUGCUAGAGCCGAUCGCCUUGGGAUUAAGUCCAAUAUUUAUUUAUAUUCAAGUACUGAUAUUGAGGACAUAUUGAGGAAAACUCAUGGUCUAUCCCCUUGUGCUCUGGUGGUUGAUUCAAUACAAACUGUUUACCUAAAUACAGUAAUAGGAAGUGCUGGAGGGAUUAAGCAGGUGAAGGAAUGUACGGCAGCUUUGAUGCGAUUUGCUAAAACAACUAACAUCUCAGUUAUUUUGAUUGGACAUGUGACCAAAUCUGGAGAGAUAGCAGGACCUCGCGUCUUGGAGCAUAUAGUUGAUGUUGUUUUGUAUAUGGAAGGUGAGAAGCAGUCUCCAUAUCGAAUGCUGAGAGCUGUGAAAAAUCGCUUUGGUUCCACUGAUGAGCUUGCAGUUCUUGAGAUGUCACAGUCGGGACUCCAGGUUGUUUCAAAUUCCAGUGAAACGUUUCUCACUCACCAACACUCUGAUUCAAAUGUUUUAGCCGGACUUGCUAUUGCUGUAAUAAUGGGUGGUAAAAGAACAUUUUUAGUUGAAAUUCAGGCACUAUGCCUCACACGUAGCCCAGUUUCGAGUUCACAAUCCUAUGGGAUCCAUCAAAUCAAAGCUAAUAUUAUUAAAUGUGUACUUAUUAAGCAAGCAGGUCUUCAUCUCCAGGAUAAUGCUGUGUUUUUGAAUGUUGUUGGUGGAUUCCGAUUGACAGAGGCUGCUGGAGAUCUUGCAAUAGCAGCUGCAAUUUGCAGCAGUUUCUUGGAGUUCCCUAUUCCAGAGCGGACUGCGUUCAUUGGUGAAAUUGGCCUUGGUGGAGAGCUUCGCAUGGUUCCUAAAAUUGAUAAAAGGGUUAACACAGUGGCGAAGUUGGGUUACAGAAUGUGUGUCGUACCAAAGGAAGCUGAAAAACUUCUAGAAACCGAAGGUCUGGAAGAAAUAAAAGUUGUAGGUUGCAAGGAUCUGAAAGAGGUUAUUAACACCGUAUUUAGUAGAGUAAUACUUAACUGAUGCCAAAGGUGUUAUGCAGAUCUCACUUUCUUUUGAUAUCUAAGCUGUAAUUCAAAAUUUUGUAAAUGUAGAUGCACACAUUGUGGCUUAAAUACCGCAAAAGAUGUACUGAUUUGGUUUUAUCCGACCUCAAUCAUCUAAUUUGAUCUUACGCUAAUUCAAUUUUAUCAUUAAUUAACAUGGUCAGCACAAUUUAAAGGCA